UCCUCUACCCACAGAGGUGCAGUGCAAAACCAAACUCUCGCACUGUCAAAUGCAGCAGCAAAGAGUUUGGGAGUCAAACUUUAUUAGUGUAAUGUCAACAUGGAAUGAGAAAAUGUGUGCUUAUAGGACACAUAAUUCAGAUUGUUGACAUCCUUUUGGAAAAGAGGUGCAUUAUUUGAUGGGAUUGAUUUGGGAUCGCUAGUUGGCUCUGGGACAAUCCUACCAAAGGGUUAAGUGUGAGUCUGGUUGCUGGCAGGACCCUGUGGCAGUGGGAAGGAGUUUGCUGUUAGGAAGGAGUUUACUGUUCGAUCAUCAUUUGCAUAUUUUAGGCAUAGGAACCAAGGAAACAGUGGUCUUAGCAGGUCUCAUGAAGAAGGAUACAUUUUUCCCCACUGAACCUUUUACAAGAGCAGAGAACAGAGGAGAAUGUUGAUGUAAAUGCCAACAUCUGGAACUUUUCUGAAGAAUUAACUCUGGAAUAAACUUAUAUGGAAUCAUCCACAUUAGUAAGUAGUGACAAUGGAAAGGAAUUCAUUUUGAGCUUAUACAAGUCAGAACUAUGUAGACAUGAGAACAGCAUCUAAAUGAGACAUUUUCGAUCUUUUUCUUGAAACUUGACUUUUAAAACAAUGCAUUUUAGUGGGUAGAAUGGGUAAUGUCCUGCGUGGUAUUGUGGCCUUCAUACCCACAGAGCGCUGUCAGCAAUUCUUGGUGGGUGACAUUAAGGAGAUGCCCUUGGAUUGUACACUGGAUCUGAGUUGCCGCCAGUUAAGACACUUUCCAAACAGAAUCUGUGUUUUUAAUGAGCUGGUUAAGCUGUACCUAAGUGACAACCAUCUGAGCAGCCUUCCGCCAGAUUUGAAAAGAUUGUGCAAGCUACAACUGCUGGCCCUGGACUUCAACUGCUUUGAAGAGUUUCCUGUUGCUAUAUGUAGCUUGCCAGAGCUUAAUAUUCUUUACCUUGGUAACAACCGUUUGGCUGAUCUUCCUCAGGAAAUGACAAAACUGAAAGAGCUGAAGACCCUGUGGUUGGAGAGUAACUGCCUCACUAUUUUUCCCGACGUGAUUUGUCAGCUCCCAAACCUCAAGACACUCCAUCUGGGCUACAACCAAAUCCGUACCUUGCCCACUGAGUUAAGCGGGCUGGAAGAGCUGCGCAGUAUUUGGCUGGCAGGCAACUUGCUGAGUGAGUUUCCAACAGUGCUACUAGAGAUGCACUUCCUGGAAGUGAUUGAUGUGGACCGCAAUCGCAUUCGUCACUUUCCCUGCCUGUCCCAUUUGCAAGCGCUGAAGCUAAUUAUAUAUGACCAUAACCCCUGUGUGAAUGUACCAGUGGUUGGAGAGGGUGUAAGACGAGUUGGCCGCUGGGCAGACUGCGAUGAUGAUGAGGAUGAUGAGGAUAUGGGAAAAGUGCUGUCAGAGCCUUUUGGGGAGGCAAAGGAGCAUAUUCCAGAAAAUGACACAAAAUCAGAGACAGUGGUAGCCCCUGACCUCAAUGAACUUUUGUAGUAGUCAAGCAAAUCAGUAAUCAGAAUGUUAAUUGUAUUAUUUUUGUUGGUAUGCCCAAAAAUCAAAUCUAAUUUACAAAUAGUAAAGUAACCCUUCAUGCAACUGAUUUGGACACAAAUCAUGAUACAUUUUUGCAUGAUACAUUUAUUGCAUUUGAUUAAAUUAUUUUACGAAACCAUAUGCAAUAUUGUCUAGGUAAAUAUAUUCAAGGAUGCAAAAGUGACACAAACAUCUUUGAUUUAAAUAAAUUGUUUUCAGAACAUUCUUCCUCAACAGACCUGUGUGCAGCAUUAAUGGAUGACUUAACCUACAUUACGGUGUAUUUGUAAUCUUGAUUCCUGUAUAAUUCUUGACAGAUUUUAGCCUGGGAAUACCCAUACGACCUUUCGACAAAUUUGGGAUUUGCUCUGCUGGUCCGCCUGGUCAAGAGGCCAUUGAAGCCCAUUUCCAAUGUCCCUAAAACAUGGGCACGCAAAUACAAUCGCUAAUUCGGCAUGGACGUGUAUUUUUUGGGGAUAGAGUAAGCAACUGCAUUUCAAACCUUCAUUUACAAGAUUGCUACACUUUUGAAAUUAUUUGUUUAACGUAGAGUUUAAUGUACCAAUUUAAGUUUACUUUCACUGCUAGUUAAGCCCCUGUUGGAAGUCAUAGGUCAAUGAAUCUUUUCCAGACCCAUAGUACAAGUGUGACAGCCUGGGUAGACAGAUUUGGGGGUGAGCUUUGAAUUAUGCAUUUUUAUGAUCUUCUCAUUUUUGUGUUUUUUCUUUGUUGAUGAGCCCCUGACUUCCUUAUCUCUGUAAAUGUAUAAUAUAUAUAUGAAUAACAAUAACAACAAUUAUAAUAAUAA